UAAAUAAAUAAAUUUGGAUUUAGGAGACUUAAAUGUGCAUUGGGUUCAUGAGAUGGGGUUCAUUUUUUCCAAGUCAACCCAGCUCUAGUUUUUUGCAUUAUUUUAGUAGGGUGGCAUUGGAUUUGAGUAGCAUUUUAAUUUUCUUGGGGUUAAUUAGAUCCAAUAUUAAUGGGGUGCUGUUGUUCGAUUUAUUGUAGCCAAUUCAAAUCUUUACCUUCUCUGCGACACAUUUAUUUCUCUUUCAUCAAUUUUUCUUGGCUCUCUGUAAAUUUGACCUUGCAGGUUCCUCUUUCUAGUUAAAAGAUAAACUGGGAUUUCCUGAUUUUUUUAUCUGAGAGGCUGCUUAUAUCUCACUGCAUUCAUAUCCACUCCCAUUUCCUCUUCCUUUCAAACCCUCUCAAAUGUUUGUGGGAACUAAAAAUCCUCCUAUAUACAAUGUGGGUUUAGCAUAAAGUUUCAAUCUUUGUCAAAAUAUCUCAAGAAACAUGAGGUGGGAAAGCAAAGAAAAAUCGUUUGUUUCUCCCUCCCAACAGCCAUACUUUAUGUUUGUGUCUCCUCCACCCCCUCUGCCAGCCUCACAGUCAGAUGGGUUCAACUUGAACAACAAGGUGAGUCCGAGUAUGCUGCUGAUAAUCAUAAUCUUAGCAAUCAUCUUCUUCAUUUCUGGGUUGCUACAUCUUCUUGUAAGAUUUCUGUUGAGGCCUCCAAAUAGGGAUCCUGAUGAAAUGGACGAUGUGACCGCGCUUCAAGGGCAGUUGCAGCAGCUCUUCAAUCUGCACGAUGCCGGUGUGGAUCAGUCAUUCAUUGAUACUCUCCCUGUUUUCGAUUACAAUGCGAUUAUAGGAGUGAAGGAUCCGUUUGAUUGCGCUGUGUGUCUGUGUGAAUUUGAGGCCGAUGAUAAGCUUAGGCUGCUUCCGAAAUGCAGCCACGCCUUUCACAUGGACUGCAUCGACACAUGGCUGCUGUCUCACUCCACUUGCCCUAUUUGUAGGGCCAGUUUGCUUCAAGAUUUCCCCUUGAACAACACCCGAUCUCCCAUAGUUCUCGUUCUUGAAUCUGGGAGUGAGAGCUCUAGAGAGAUCGUUUCUGACAGAGAGGCCUCGGUCGCACGUGUCAACUCCCAUUUGAGCGAUGGUCUGUUUCCACGUGCGGAGAUAGUGUCUGGUGAGAUUGAAGCAAAUGAGGAAGAUCGUAGUAAGAAAGUUGUGUCGGUGAAGCUGGGGAAAUUCAAGAAUGUUGAGGGUGGAGGUGAAGGGAGCAGUGAUGGGACUUUUGAUGCGAGAAGAUGCUUCUCAAUGGGCUCCUUUGCUUAUGUAAUGGAUGAGAAAUCGUUGCUGCAGGUUCCGAUUAGGACGCCUAUGAAGAAGCCACCAAGCAAGAAGCCGCCGCUGCCGCUCACGCCGGGCCACCGCCCGGCCAUGUCGGAAUGCGGAUGUGAUUCGAGGCGGGAAUUCAAUGAUUUCGAAGCGUUUAAGGUUCUUGAGAUUCAAAGUGGCGAUGAUGCUAAGUCCAUUGGUAGUAGAAGCAACAAGGAGAGCUUCUCGGUGUCCAAAAUUUGGCUAAGGGGGAGGAAGGAUGUGCCUAAUGCGGCCGCGGUGGAGGCGUCAAGGCGGGCUGUUUCGUUCCGGUUUCCUGUUGCGGUGGCGGGCGAUGAGAUGAAGGGGAGGCGGGUGGCGUCGGAGAUGGGGAUAAGUAGGUGGGGAGGUGGAGGGAGUGAGGAUGAAGAAGUAGGGAGCUGCAACAGUUUGGAUUCUCAGACAACAAAUCCUCCAUCAUUUGCUAGGAGGACUCUUCUCUGGCUUAUGGGAAGGCCUAAUAAGGUUGUCCAUUCAUCGUAUUCCACCGAUGUUUAGCCUUAGCUUCCCUUCUUCUUUCAUAUUUUAGUAAUUGGUAGUGAAUUAGGCAAACUGGAUCAUCAGUACAGAGGCUUCAUUUUGUGGGGAGAUUUCACUGCAGCACUUGUUAAGCACAAUUUUUUUGGCUUUUCUUUUAACAAAAUCUUCGAAAUUGUUUCUACAUGUAUGAUAAUUUUAUUGGGGGAUAUAACAAAGUUUGGUUCUUGUUCUGUCA